GCAAUCGAAGUCGAAGAAAUCAACGAGCUUGCUCACACGAUCAACGAUCCGCCCGUCGAACACAACCUCGAGGAACACGUUGCCUUUGGCGGAGACGACCAAUGGUUCUACCACAUCCCCUCUAAGCGCUUCGACCUCUCUCGUGGCUCCAAGCGCAAGCUCAUCAUCGACGCCGACGAUGGAAUCCGCAACCACCGAGGCUGUGCAAUCGACCCAUCCUCCACUGUCCUUGUCAUAAUUGACAUGCAAAACUUCUUCGUCCACCCCAUGUACCACGACCACAGCAGUGGUAUCGCUACCAUCGACCCUCUCCUGAAGGUCAUCGACAAGUGCAAGGGCCUCGGAAUCCAGCGCUGCUGGCUGAACUGGGGAAUCUCCGACUACGACCUCAAGGUCAUGCCCGCAGCUGUUACCAGAGGUUUCAACAGAAACUUGGCUCAGGACAAGGGCCACGGCUGGCACGUCGGCUUGGGCGCCAACGUCAAGGAUGACAAGGGCAACACUGAGCGCUGCCUUUUCAGCGGCACCUGGAACGCCGACAUCUACGACCNNCCCCUCAAGGAGGUCAUGACACCAGAUGACGUCCGCUUCGACAAGGCCCGUAUGAGCGGCAUGUGGAACCCGGACUUGCCCAUGAACAAGUGGCUUCGCGAGAGCGGAAAGAAGACGUUGCUGUUCGCUGGUGUCAACACCGACCAGUGCUUGCUGGGCACUGUCACUGACGCAUACAACUGGGGAUGGUACGNNGACUGCAUCCUUAUUGGCGACUGCGCAGCCACCAUGACUGGCCUCAACGCACAGGCAGUGUGUGAUUAUAAUAUCGCAACCAACAUGGGCUUUGUUACCGACAGCCCGGCCUUCCUGGACUCUGAGCUCGUGUUCGGUCCUUUGAAG